AUGGAUCUUACGACAAGUACGCCAGGUGAUUCCAAGCAGUCCGGCCAGGAAACCAAGAGGGAAGAUCAUAUUGAUAAGGGCCAGCUCGCCUACCCGGCGGCCCGAGUCUACCAGCGAUUCAGUACGCAAAAAGACCAGAGCGAUAUUGACGGCGAUGUAAGAGACAUGAACGAGGAUACCAGCUCGGGUCCAUGGUCCAAGGAUUCGAUGCCUACGAACAAGGACAGGGAGGGUCAGAUGUCUAGAAAGUAA